UCAAAUAUGACUUGAACAUCGUACAUAACCAGGGAGUUGUCAAAACGUUGAGCACAAUGAGAAGAGUUUUGUUCUAUCUGGCCAAAAUGGCUGACGCGCCGUCGUCGUUACGCGUUAAUAAAAUACCCGAUAAUUUGUACGAAUUGUGUUUGACGAAUUUAGUGAACUAUUUGCAAAAAUCAAAAUGUGAGCGAAGUGUUCUGAGGACACUACCCGACAGUGUUCUCAUGGAUGUUUACUUUAAGAUGCUGCUGGAGAAGAGGCUUUGCAUCCUGGGAGCGGAGCUUUCGCAGUGGGACACAUUUGAAAGAAUGCUCCGGUUCACCGGAUCGCAGUUGCGGCUCCUCAGGUGCUUUCAGGCGGUGAUCGAACACGGUACCAAACUGUCAGCGGAGGUGACCAGCUCGUACCUCCACAUGUGUGACGCUGGGGAGCGCACGAACAAUGCUCUCAUAGAACUAGGCCUACGGAUAGGUGAUUUUCUAAAUGAAGCCGGGUGGUAUGCGGACGCGCAGAAUGUGCUGCUGCGGUGUCGGGACAUCUGCCAGGCGCAGCCACAGACCACAUACUAUAAGCGACUAACAUUAGAAUGUUGUCAUAGGUUAUUGAACACACAGUCAGCGUACUGCUGUUUCCCGGCGGCGGCGGAGACAUACUUACUGGCGCUGCGGCUGCUGGGGCUGGAGGAGGAGGUCCGCGAGGAGCACCUGGGCGGGCCCUACGCCGCCGCCGAAACGCGCGACCAGAGCACGCAGACCGACCUGCCAUACACCUGCGCAGACAGGGUGGGCGGGGCGGAGUGCAGCGGGUUCAGUAACGUGGGGCGCGAGGCGGCGUGGGGCAUGGGCGCGCUGGUGGCGCGGCUGUUCAAGGAGUUCUCGACGCUGUUCUUCGUGCGCUGCGACUACAGCGCCGCGCACACGUGGAGCAUGCGCGCGCUCAAGCUGCUCACGCCAUACACGCCAGUCAAGAUCAGCAUCGAGGUGAUCCGCGCGUGCGGCAAGGCGUGCGUGGUGAAGCGGCGGUUCGCGGACGCGGGGCUGCUGGUGCGGCGCGCGGUGGGCGUGGCGCGCGCGGCGUGCGGGCGCGCGCACCCGCGCCUGGCCGCCGCGCUGCUCGACCACGGCUUCUACCUGCUCAACAUCGACUCCAUCGCGCACAGCGUCGCCGUCUACGAGGAGGCGCUGUCGAUGUUGCGCGGCGUGUACGGGCGCAGCAGCCUGCACGUGGCGACGGCGCAGGAGGACCUCGCGUACGCGCUGUACGUGCUCGAGUACUCCUCCGGGCGGUUCUACAAGGCGCGCGACCACGCCGAGCGCGCCAUCCGCAUUAUACAGAACUUGGUGCCGCCGGAUCACCUGCUACUGGCGUCGGCCAAGCGCGUGAAGGCGCUGAUACUGGAGGAGAUCGCACUGGACACGCCCGCCGGGCAGGACAUGAGCGAGCCGAAUCUACUAGAAGAAUCUGAGGCGUUACAUAAGGCUGCGUUGUCGUUAUCUAUGAUGGCGUUCGGUGAGAACAACGUGCAGACCGCGAAACACUACGGGAACCUCGGCAGACUGUACCAGAGCAUGCAGAAGUUCCAGGACGCGGAGACGAUGCACCUGAAGGCCAUCGCCAUAAAGGAGGAGCUGUUGGGCCCCGACGACUACGAGGUGGGGCUGAGCAUCGGCCACCUCGCCUCCCUCUACAACUACCACAUGAACAUGCACCACGCCGCCGAGCAGCUCUAUCUGCGCUCCAUAUCCAUCAGUCUGAAGUUGUUCGGCGAGCGGUACUCCGGGCUGGAGUACGACUACCGCGGGCUCGUGCACGUGUUCACACAACUGAAGCAACAUCACAGGGCGGAACAUUACAACCAGCUGCUGCAGCACUGGCACAUGUUGAGAGAACAAUCUCGCGCUGAGCAGCAGCAGCCGGCGAUAGAAGACGAGCAGCUGAUGCCGCUCGAGGAGCUCCAGCACAAGCUGUUCGCGCCCAACGACUGAACCAACACUACAGGUACAUCAACGCCCACUCGCGGUGCCCACACUGCACACUGUAUACUUACUGGCCUUCGAUAUGCAUUUAAACACCUCCAGUGUUGGCACGUAGCCUAUAUAAAAUAUAUCUAUGUAUAUUGUAUGUCCCAGUCGUGACGGUAGUACUUUAAAAAUAUUAGACAUUGUGAAUUUGGAAAUAAAAGAGGAGUCUGUCUUAUUCGCGUUUGCGCGUGUCUGAGUGGUGUGAAAGAGAAGGGAAGUCUCGUUCGUUUAUAGUUUAGACGACUAAAUUUGAGUGCAAAGCAAAAUAAUCCUUAUUUUUUCGUCCCGGCGAUCUCAAGUAGCAUAGAAAAAUUAUUUGUUCAGUUCGACUUAUGUUGAAAAAUUUGUUCAGAUUUACAUCCUCGUGUAGAACAGUGAAAAAUAAAAAAUUAAUCUAACUGCCGCACUCAAAGACAUCAACUUUAAUGGUACCCAAGAUAACACUGACAAUGAUAGAAACUAAAAAAAAUUUUUAACGAAAAAAAAAAGUUACUUAACAUUGACAUUAUACGUAUUAUUAAUCGGUGUCUCUGGGUACGACAGUUACGGCCGGUUGCACAAACGUCCAUUAAGGUUUAACGACCCCUUUAAGCUCUAAUGAAUGUCAAAUUUAUAUGGGUAUUGUCACUUUAAACUAAUGACAAUUUUAAUGGACGUAUGUGCAACUGGCCGUUAGUGUCAUAGGUUUAAUUAUAUUUUGCGUAUGAUGCUUGAUUAGAAUAAUAUAUUGUACUGAAUGUUAAAAUGUAACGUACAAAUACAAUAUUUGUAUCAUAUGAAAUUCAACAGCGGCUAUUUAAAAAUAGUAUUAUAAAAUAACGGUAUAUCUCGAGAAACGAUUCCUUUUCACCUUUGAUCUCUUAAAUAAAAAUAAACUGAUUAAUUAAAUUAUAUCAGUUUUUAUUAUACAGAUAUUGAAUUUUAAGCUUUUAGUGUUAUAUUAUGGGGUCGUUUAUUACUAGUUUUUCUUUUUUUUUUUUUCAAGUACAGAAAAUAAUUUAUAUAGCACAAUAAGGCACUAUCUGUUUUAUAACAAUCACAAUAUAUAGAAUGAUUAUUAUCAGACUUGGGCGAAAUGAAUUGGAUUUAUGAUUUAAACAUUAUUUUAAUUUAUAAAUUAAUUUGAUAAGUGAGUUAUAAAAAUAUUCAAUCAGAAAUUUGAUUUAAUUUUAUCCAAGUCCGCAUCAAAGAAAUUUUCGGUAAACUCCUUCGUCUAUUUCGGAAAUGGAAAAUGUGGCUUAAAAUUUGAUCUAUACAAAUAUUAGGUAUGUGUAUUUAUUCGGCUUAGACGUCCUAUGGUGGAGUUCUAAAGCAGGCGAAAAUAAGGUAAUGAUUCUAAAAAUUGCAGUAAUACGUCUUGUUGUACUAAUUCCGAUACGUAUUUUUUUAAUUUUAACGCUCUCAUAAUACCUCCUCUGUCAUAGUCCAUUUUUUAACAUGCCCUAGGAACAGAACAAAUCAAUCAUAUGUGUACUUAUUCUGAUUAGUCGUACUUGUAAACUUAAAUGGACACUCAUGUCUUAAUUAUUAUGUGUGAUAUAAUAAAACCAAUUAUCGCUGACCACAGACCUCUAAUCAUAGACGUUUAGAAGCGUACCACUUUUAUACACACAACAGCACAUCAAGUGUCCACAAAAUGUCCCAUUUCCGAAAUUGAUUUUAAUCUUAACAAUCAACAGAUUAAAGUUCAAAAUCUAUUCAAGAAAUUUAAGUUUAAUGUAAUUUGACGUGCUGUCGGCUAUAUUUCUUCAUUUUUUUAAGGAAAUGUACUUUUUACGCCCUUAUCUGUUUACGGAAUAGGCAGUGGAGGUUUUGAUUUUAAGUGCCUCGCGACUAUGUAAUAAUAGCCUUAUUUAUACCGUUAGCACAAAAAACUCAAUGGAAUCAUGUCCACAACAUCUAUAUGUAUCAUUUCUAGUUUUAUAUUGUAAAUCAAUAUUUAGCUUCGGGCGAAUCGCGCUAGUAUGCCUGUAUGCCUUGUAAAUAACGUGAUUAAGUUUUGCUGUUUCGACAUCGUAUUCGUGUCUGUGAAUUUUAUUAUUUUGAUUUUUAUGUAUUAUAUUGUAUAAUAGUCAUUGUAAAAGCAAACUUUCGUAAACGUAAUAUUAUGGCCGAGUUACAUAAGGCUACAUUUUAGCCGAGAAAAGAAGCUAGAGCCUGUUCCUAGAAAAAACGGACAAAGUGAGUGAUGGCAAACGAUACGUAUCGCUGUCCAUAGAUCUCUAUCGUUCCUGCGGAAUUCUGCCUGUUGUCGUACAAGAUGAAGUCAGCGACUUACAGCGUUCCGUACAUCAAGACGCAGUACGACGUGGAAAUGAUAUUCGUAUCGUUUUCUUGCAGUGCUCACAUAAUACUUUGUAUCGUUAUUAGCUUUUAGAUUGCUUUUAAAUAUACUGUAGUUCUGUAUAAACGAUGUUAGAAAACAGAUACUAGUUUACAAACUUACAAUGCGCUAGCUUGCUAUCCUGACUUAAAAAAAUUGCCUCGUGUAUCUCCGGCCUAAUGUGAAUAUAGGAUAUAAUAUGUAAUAUUUUCAUCGCUUUCUCUUACUUAAAAGUAUUUUUUUAAAUUCUUUAAUCAAAUCAGAAUAUGAUAUUGUCUCUUAUGUAUGCAGUUAGAUACAUACUUGACUGUAAUUAUACUUGUACUUGGGUCAUAACACAAUGAACGUAUAUCCAUUUCAUAAUUACCUUGUUAUUUUUCGAGUUUAAGGUACGAAGUUUGCUUACCAAGAUGACUUCAUGUUCCUCGUGGUGAUUUACAUGUAUAUAAUUUUUUUUAUAGUGAUAUUGUCUUUUAUUGUAUAGACGUAGUCAAAUUUUGUUAUUACGUUUAUUUAAAGGAAGACAGCAACCUCAGGGUGUAUACCCCAAGACAGUCAUUCAAAAGUAUACACCUCAGAUGUUAUUUUCAACGUAAACCAUUUUUUUUUAAUAACGGCCACUUAAAUGAAAUUGGUAAUACUUUCAAGUGAACGUUUUUAAUUAUUGUUAAUUUUCGUAAUUUGUAUAUCCAGCUGUUUAUUUGUAAAUGUCUUUGUUCUUCGUUUCUUGAGCCAUUCCAAAUUUCUUUAUUCAUUCGCCCCCAUUCAAGGUGGAUAAAUAAAGAGUUUUGAGGCUGAUAUUCCAAUAUACACCCAGAGGUUGUUGUUUUACGGUGUAUAAACGUAAUAAAGCGUCAAAUUUAACGUGUGAACGUGCAAUGAAUCAUUGUGGCAAUUUUUUAUUGUAAAUAUUAGAGGAAUGGAUGGAUCUGUUUUGACAAUGUUGCCAGUGUCAAAAAUCUAUACUUGUAUAUCGAGAUACUAUGAUCGAUCAGUAACACAAAUAGAAUUUGUAUGCGGAACGAGUCUUCAUUGACUGCCUUUUGUAAUAACCUACGUGUAAUGACUUAACUAUAUAUACUCAAUAAUUUUCUAAUCAUGCUUCAUAGACUAAUAAAUCGGUUCAUUUGAAUCUAGUUAGAGAACAUAUCGAAAUGUAAUAUUUGUCCGCAGACUAUUUCUUUUAGAUAAUUGUAACGAUGAUAGUAUUAUGUUGAUAUGGCGAGACCACAGGUACUGAUAUCAGCUGGUGGCUCGUCUCGUCACCGGUUUGUUCUGUGUCGCUUGAUGCGAUAACAGGGUUGAUAUAGAAUGGCUGUUGCGUGCUCCAGGCACGCGUAAAUAAAUAAAUUUUAUGAAAUUUGUGUCGUUUUAUUUGUAUGCAUGCAUAUUUUAAUAUUUUAUCAAAAUUAUAGCGAUAAUUAAGACUCAAUCAAUCAAUCUUUGGGCACGGUCAAGCUUCUCCAAAUCGACAAAAAGGAUUUAAAUAAAAGAGAAACUUCAAUAAAGUAUUUAUUAUGAAUGUGAUAAUAAAAUUAAAGCUUAUAGUUAUAAGGGGAAUGCUACAUAACUUUCAGUCAAUAAAAUAUCCAAUAAAAAAUUUCAAUAAAUAAAUUGACAACAUAAUACUCUGAGACAAAGAAAUCGAGUCGCAUAUGAUUUAAUUUACUUUCGUUUAGGCUUGCAUUGUUUUAAAUAUAAAAAAUGGUAAAGGUCACAGUGGCUUGCAUCUAAUAAUAGGCUAGUUGACAACUUUUUUUUAUUUCAUAAAUAAAUAGUCCAUUAACAUCUGAGAAAUAAUGUUGAAGUAACAGCAUGUCUGCGAUUAAUAGUUUCGGAGAUACGGUGCUGUGUUUGUAGAACUGCCGCUAGUUGGCCGAAAACGCUCCCUACAAAUUCAAAGCACUCGGUGACGUCACAUGGUGCUACAGUAGCGAAAAAUGUAUGGGCGUCUGGACAUUUUUUGUAAUAUCUUUGUUAUUUGUGCGUUUAUGUUUAUAGCUGUUAUAAUGAAAGUUGUAACAUUUUUUAUAUCUAAUUUAAAGCCUUAUGUAUUUUAGCAGAUUUUUGUAGUAGAUUUUCUGUACUUUUUCAAGUUUCCAAAGCGUAAUAUUUUCCAAAUCAUUGACUUAAAAUUUGUUUUGUUAAACAUUUAUAAGUUGAAAUGGUUCAUAUUUUACGAAGAUAUAACAAAAACCUGUAUUUUCACUUGUUGGACACAAGCCUAUUAUACAUAUUAAUCAACCCGAUUUCUUGUCAAUAUAAUAAAGAUUCUAUAAAAGGCACUACUCAAGGCCGGCUCCAAUUGAAUUUAUUUCUAUAACAUUCGUACACAUAAUAUAAUCUGAUUUAAUACUAAAUGUGCAUUGCACAAGCACGACACGAAUCACAAGAAGCGUCUAUUCGAAUAGCUUAACUACCAAUUGUAUAUUCGAGAAUCAAUGGUACAGUUUAUUUGAAAACAAUUGAAUAUGUUUGACAUUUUUAACGGAUCUCAAACGUCUAAUAAUGAAAUAUAAAUGUGCGGAAUUUUUAUAUUCUAGUACUUUUUGUACGUUACGCAAUUUCUGAAGAUUCCGAAAUAAUAGAUUAUUAGACGAGUAUUGUUACUAUAAGAUUUUCAGCAUUCAAAUAGCAUUUCAAAAUAUUUUCAAUUUGAAAUUGAGUCUAAUAAAUAAAUAAUUUAUAAACAAAAAAGCCAGCUAUUUCACAAUAAUAACAGUUAAAAUGGGACACAAAAACUUGCACAGUAACACUUGAAUCAAUACAAACAUACACAUAAUACAAAACGAACACGAGGGCUCGUAUAUCUCUAAUAUCGUAUAUCUAUUACGAUGCAACACUCGGUUCAUGAACUCCUUACGCUGGUCCGAGCAAUGCCACGAGCGCGCGCUUGUAGUCGCCGGAAGUCUCUCCCUGCUGCCGGCCGCGGAAAACAACAUGGCGUUACAGCACAUCCGGUCACAAGAUGGCGGGCGGUGCGAGCGCAUGCGGGAGAGGAGACGCGGCAAUAUUAGUUUGUGAACAGUCAGAAAUGUGUAUGUUAUCAAAAAUAGAUAUUUGUAAAGCAUAAUUGUAUAUAAUAUUAUACCCAUAACAUUCAACUGGUAAGUGACAAUCCAAUAAUACGAAAGAAUUUUAUUGUAAAGUCGUAAAAUCAUAAAUAGGUAACAAAAGCGUUUUUUUUUUAAUUGUAACAAAAAGUAAAAAAAAUACAUAAAAUAUAUCUCACCUCCUGUUUCCAUCACCGUAAGAAGCGACGUGAAAAUGUUAACACAUUAUAAUUGACACAUUACAACACUAAAGUAAUGUAUGAUAGAAAAAAAAAACAAUAAUGUGACAUGGAAAGCGAAAAUAUUUAAGAAAAGCUAAAGUAUCAAGUUCAUGCGUUCGAUUAAUAUGAUGCAUUACUUUCAUGCUGGUAAUGUGCUCAAAUUAUAAAUAUUGUGCCGCGGACCAAAUAUGAUGAACAGACAGUACUCGAGCAAUUGAGAAAUAUUGCUUGUAAUAUUUAACGAUUCGAGAAGACAAUUUUUUAAAAAGAUUUAUUUACUCAUGGCUCAAUGCAAUUCGACCAAUUGUGUUUAUGGCUGCGCAUGUACGUGCACAAUAGGGUAUUCUGCUUAGUUUGAAAUAAUACUUGUAACUGUUUAUUUCAAUCUAAAAAGCAAUAAAACAAAAAAUAAAUAUGUCUUAAAACAAAAUUAACGCUGUCCGUCAAAUUCAUGACGUCAUUGUGAUAUGUACACAAAACAGGUGCAUAGAGUAGCAGAUUAAAAGAUUACAAUAAAACGAUAACAAUACUGUCUAAGAACCGA